UAACAUUAUGGCUGACUUUGGGACAGGUAGAAACGAAACAUGUGGUUCAAAUUCAGACAUAGAUUAAACCGCCAUUUUGAUUCCUCAAAGAAACAUUACUUUACCUAGCCGAAUAUUCGCAAACGAGCACGUGGUGUUUUUUCGUCUGCAAACCUUUGCAUCCAACUUUCUUAGAAAACUAAUUAGCAUAAUAACUGUGUCAAAGCAUUAAAUGUAUCAGAAAAUAGAAACCUCAUUUUUUUGGAUAACAUCGUCUGUUAAAAAAGUGUAAAAUAAUCAAUAAAUAUUAAAGUUUAAGUGUUUUUUUUAUAUUAGACGAAAUGCGUUUUUGAAAUAAUUUUUCAUACUUAUUGAUAUCAGGAGAUAGUACAUGCUGUGAAAUAUCAAUGACAUGAUACCUUUGUGUAAUAAAAUAAAAAUAUGUACAACAUAAUAUCAUUCUUUGAAUAUUUGAAUACAGAAUGCUAUGUGAUUAAAAAGUUAUGUGGAAAUAUCUUAUAGUACAGCCUGGGAAAGGAAUUUAAUACUUCAAAGGUUUCAAAUAUAAAGAAAUCCUAAACAAUGGGUAACGGUCUGUGUGUGGAGACAUCAAGCUCUUGGACUGUUUUUGACUGGCUUGACAAAGUACUUGGUUCAGUUGGGAGUUAUGCUGGUUUAGGAAAACUCCGGAAUGACGAUGAUUUCAUUGAUCGUCUUAGUCACCAUUAUACGACCAUGCUACUGGUUAUAUUCACGAUAGUCGUCAGUACCAAACAAUACGUCGGUGACGCCAUACAGUGCUGGUGCCCGGCACAAUUUACUGAAGCUCAUGUUCAUUAUGCAAACCAGAUAUGUUGGGUGUCAAACACAUACCAUGUCCCGAUGGAAAACAUUAUACCAGCUGACCCAGAUACGAGAAGAGAAACCCAGUUGACAUACUACCAGUGGGUUCCAUUUAUACUAUUGUUCAUGGGAAUGUUGUUCAAGAUACCCCGUAUCACAUGGAAGGUUCUCACAUAUUCCUCGUCUAUCAGUCUAGAUAAGGUUCUUGGCUUGAUAUUCGCUCUACAGCUGGCGCCGAAAGCAGAAAGAGAUGAAAAACUUGCAGAACUAACGGACUACUUAGAUACCUGGUUACAGACGUCAGAACAUUACAAAGACGUCUGCUGUCUUCAGCUCAAACAGAAAGUAUCUCAGUAUUCGUGUUUUGUUUGCGGAAGACGAUACGGAAAUCAUUUCAUUACGUCAGCAAUUUUUGUCAAAUUUCUUUACUUUACAAACGCUUUUAUUCAAUACUUUGCCUUAAAUGCUUUUCUUGGAGAUGAUUUUGCAGCUUGGGGUUUUGAGAUAAUGACAGGACUCGCAGACGAAAAUCCUGAGUAUAUGAAAUUGUCUCCACGAUUUCCUCGUGUGACGAUGUGCGACUUCCAAAUCCGCCAAAUGAUGAACGUACAGAGAUGGACAGUCCAGUGUGUUCUGCCGAUAAAUUUGUUCAAUUCCAAAAUAUUUUUGUUCAUUUGGUUCUGGUUAGUGUUUUUAUGUGUGACAAGUCUCAUUUCACUAUGCACACAUUUCUACGCAACCAUGUUUCCGCUAAAACGAGUGAACUUUAUCCGGAAGUACUUGACAUUACGACGCGUUAUUACAUAUCGAGGCGAAGGCGAAAGACGUUUGAUUCAUCACUUUGUGAUGUCAUACUUAAAGUCGGAUGGGGUAUAUGUUCUGCGCGUGGCGGCACAUAACGCUACAGAUAUCCUUACUGCUCAAGUGAUUGAAAAUUUAUACCGGAAGUUUAAGGAACGCCGGGUAGAAUCUAAAGACCUAAAUGGCGGAGAAUAUGUUUGAUGAGCUGCCUUUACCGGAAAUUAAAAUCAGAAAUGCCGAAAGCGAUUAGAAGGGUCGUCUGACGAUGACAGAGGACAACGGACAAAAAAAAUGGCAUUGCAAGAUCACUCAACUAGUCUUAUUUUUUCUGAAGAAUCAUGUUUAGCUGCUUUCUAAAAAAGUAAAGUAUGCCGUUUUUAGGGGAAAAAACAAGUGUUAUAUAAUAGGGCAUGUGCAAUGUUAAUUGAAAAUUCAGCGAGCUGCAUUUAUCUUUAAAACUUGUGCUACACUUGUAGAUAUUCACGUAUAUGUAGUUCCUUUUUCGAUGUUUGUUUUCGAAGGUUUAGCGUAUAUAGUUUUGUUAAUUAAUUAAUUAAUUUAUUUAUUUAUUUAUUAACAAAGAUACUCCCGUAUGGUCAUUCAGCAAGUUGUAUAACAUAUUUGACAAUUCUAAUUAAUUUGAAUGUCUGUAUGAAAAGGUAGAAAUACGUUAAAUAUAUUCGUAAUUUUCAGUUUUUCCACGUUGUAAACAUGGACCAAAAACACGCUUAAUAUUUUGCUCAUAUUCAUUUCAUGCAUUAUUUUUCGGCAUUGAUUAGGCCAAGCUCUUUUUAUUCUACGGUGGCAAACGCCUAUUAUGGCCAUGCAUGUAGAUCUGCAUUGAAACUGAAAAACCGUUUUAUUUUCAAAAAAAAGAAAAGCCUUCUUUAGUCAUGUAAUAAUCGAGGUUUAUAUUACCCUUGAUGCUAGCCAAUGGUAUGUGGUUUGCAAUAUUACUGAAUGGCUAUUUUGUAUGUCGUACUGUUGGACGGCUGUUGUUUUAUUCUGACAAAAGAGAAAUGCUGUAUAAGUGGAUAUAUUCCCGGGUCAAAAAGUUCGCCAAUUACCGAUUCCGGACGUUUCUCGAGAGGAAAUAUUAUCGAAGGUCCUUUGCUGAACUGUCAAAGCUAAUAAGUUUGUUUAUCUUUACUAGACUAUAAUGACGUGUCUUGGUGAAAAUGGAAUUCACACUGGCUGAUAUUUCCGCGAAUAUUUUGAAUUCGCGAAAAUCACGAACAUUUCGACGUCGCGAAAAUUUACACAUAUACAGUAUCCUGUUCUAGACAAAAGCAGUCGUUUGUUAUAUGGACUCAAUGGCUAAAUUUCUAUUAUGAACUUGUCCGUCUUUCAAUUUGGAUAGUACCAUUAACUGUUAAAAGGGGUGCUUACCAAAAAGAUACUGACUGAAUGGCGAACAGUGCAGAUCAUGAUCUGACAGCACGGACGUGCAGGGGGAUCAUGAUCUAAGUUGGUCGCAAAGGCAGAAUAAGGCGUGUCCAGAAUGAUAAGGGUUAGUUAUAUUAUCUACUGUGCCAUUUGCGUUGAUGGUAAUAGUUUUCCCUUUUAUUGCAUGAUGUAAGCGGAAAUUACGUUUAACUAUAUAAUACAAAAUACGUAUGUCUUAAGUGGUAAUCAGCACUCAUUACAAUAUACCACUCGGGUUACGCCUCCGUGCCAGUGUAGGUUAAUUUACUUAUUGACAUUCUACAGUACUAUUUUUAUAUAUAUUCAAUGACGUCAUGUAUCGUUCUUUGCUUGAACUGAUAUACCCUAAUGUGUAUUACCCACACUUUUUUUUGCAAUAUAAACCAUUAGCCAUUUACAUGUAAUUUAAUUCUGAGUUUGAAAUUGUAGAAUGAAAUUAAAUCACCAUUUUGAAAUCAUCAAAUUAUCAUUUUCUGGAUUAAAAAGAACAACAACUUUUUUUAUGUGAUCAAAAGUUUUUAUUUUGCACAAAUGUUGCUAUAACAUCCAAUGUAAGUUAUAUAAUGAAGCCAGAACUAUAUUAUGAAGUUUAUAUGUUUUAUGAUAUUAUAUUAUGUUAACAACCAGAUAUCACUGUGGCGUCAGACUGUCGUCAGAGGUUUAACACCAAGUCUAGCGGCUGUCUCGUUCUGGAAACAGAAAAAUACAAUUAUCGUUUAAAUUAUCUUUGAAGUUGUCACUAUUUCAUCUUGUUUGCUUAAGUUUUUUUAUCAAUGUUAAUGAUAUUAAUUAUGUUGCAUUCUCGAAUAAUCUGUUUUAGAGAAGAACACAAUCAUUAUAAUGUACUUUAUAUCUGUAAGUCAGAUGACAUCCUAUAUCCGGCUUAUCUCAUUGGUCGGUUACUGGUCACAUAAUCUCAUUGGUCGGUAACUGGUAACAUAAUCACAUUAGUCGCUGACUGGUCACAUAAUCUCACUGGUCGGUAACUGGUCACAUAAUCUCAUUGGUCGGUAACUGGUCACAUAAUCUCAUUGGUAGGUAACUGGUCACAUAAAGGCUCGUAGAAAAAUGAAAUUCGUCGCAGAAAGCGAUAGGCCCUAUUCUUCUAAGCAAAAUUGUUUCCCAUGAUUUGAUAUCAUUUUAAAUGUAAUUGGGUUUUUUAUACAACAUUAAAGUUUCAUAUUUUGUAUAAUAUCUUUUUAGAUCAUUUGAGAAAAUGUCUAGGUGAGCAGUUGGUAUAUGUGGGUAGACUGCCUGUAAAAUAAAUUUCUUUUGAAAUCUGGCAUUAUUUUUUGUUAGAUACACAUUGCUCUUUUUCAAUAUAGUCAUAGAAUAGCAUACUUACUGUAUGAUAAUUUCGGUAGGUGAGUAUCCAAGUUUAUGGACCUGACAAAAGUGUUUAUCAGCCAAUGUGAAUAUCAUUUGGUCAGGCCCGUUAACUUUGAUAUUCGCCUUAUCACCAAUGAUAAAUGUUAAAUAGAAAAUCUCGUUUUCCGAAUAUUUUCAAAACAUCCAAUAUUUUUCUUUUCACAAAACAAACAUAUAUAGAUUUUUGAGAUAACAUUCUUAUUAGUUAAAUCAUUCGUUCUCAAAAUAUAUACAUUGUAUCUUGAAAACCACAGAGCCUUCAUUUUACAUAAAUAUGACUCCAUUUUCAGUUCAUACCCUGAUAUAACAGUUAUAAUUAUCAUAGAUUUCUAGUACAAUUCUAGAAAUCAAUUUGUUUAUAAUAUAUUGCCAUGCUUUAUUUUUGUGUAUAACAGAAUAAAUAUUACAUUACUUUUCAUGGGAAAAUCAGUCUUUAAACAGCUUUUUUUCUACUCUUGCUGAAAAUUUUCACUGUUCUAUUCAAAGCAGUUCUAUAUAUGAAUUAGAAAAAAAGUUACCAUACGUUUUUCUUAAAAAAAUACCUAUUUCCAUAAUAUACUACAUUUUUUAACAAUAUUGCUAGUAAAUUUGACAUUUAAAAUUGUGUUUUAAUACUUUUGUAAUAGGCAUGUAUUGUCCACCACAGAAUGUUUUAGAUGAAAAAUGUCAAACUACUUUAUCCAAACGAAUUUCUCUUUGCAUCACAUAACUGAAUUCAAUAUAGAUUCGACAGAAGACAAGCAUGCAUCCAUAAUCAGUUUACUGGUAUUUCAAUAGCAGGCGCCAUUUGCCAAGGUUAUUCCAAACUAUAUGUACAACAAUAUUUCAUAUUUUCAUAAGUGUUUGUUUUUUUAAAAGUUGUAAAUUAAAAGUCAAGUACUAAAUACUUUCAUCAUGUUUAAAAGUUGUUACAUGGAUAGAUCUUUGUUUUAUAGACAUCUGUAUUUAUCAUAUUUCUCAAACAGAGCGAACUGUGAGUUUCAGUAAAUAAAAAUAAACAGAAUGAGAUUUUGUGUGUUUUCUCUGUGAAAUAUGCAUUACUAUUUAUAUGGCGUAUUGUCAUACGAGGCAGUUAGAUUGCUUCAAAUAAGACAUUAUUCAAAAUAAAACUCAUAAGAUGGAAGUAGCUUGUGAAAUUUUGGAGUUUUUUUUAUGAUUUUUGUGUACAUGAUGUACAAUAUAAAAAAUAAUACACCUUUACACCUUGACUUCAUGUCUUGAACACGGUCACAAAAACGUUGUAAACUUCAGCAAUGAAUACUUUAUGAAUUUUCAAAAUAAUGUCAUUCUAGUUUAUUCGAUAAGGUUAAAGGUGGCAAAAACAUUUGCGGUAUUUCCAAAAUGUAAAAUGUUUUGAAACGCAUAUGUAUAUUUAACAAAUAACGUAUAGAAAAACCGUGUUUUAACGUUAUUAAUGCACAGAGAGAGGUUAUACGUCCGCGGAAUAAUUUCACGAUGGCGUAGCAGAGUGAAUUUUUCUGGCGACGUAUAACCGAUUUUGAGUGUAUUGAUUCAGGAAAAACAGGAUUAUGCCAUACAUUAUUUGUAUUCUAAUACGCCCUUAAUCUAAAUCAGUGGAUAAAAUAUAGUAGCGCUCUUUUUUGGUCGCAACAAAAGCAUUGACGCCAUCGCACGUUAAUGUGACGUCAUUUUAACAGAAACAAGCAUAUUAGAAUUUCAUUUCGUUUCAUUGUUGUUGUUAUAAAGUUACAUAAUAUCACAAA